AGAACUUGCCGCCAUAUUGUUCCAUAGCAACAUAGAAAUAAAUGGUGGACUUCUCUCAAUUUUUGUUUCACCUACUGUUCACAUUGGAUGUUAAAGAUAAUACACGAAGGAUUUAAUUGCAGUUGAGGAAGUAAAACACCACCAUGUAUGAUAGAGCACCAAGGGAUCUGGUGAAGACCUUUGGGUCCACCCCUGGAAAUGUAGGACCAGGGUCAUAUGAUUCCAAUGUAUUGCCGAGAUCUAAAAUCAAGGCUGAUGGAUAUGCUCCAUUUUUAUCCAUGACCAGUAGAGAAACAUUUCUUAAUGUUAGUGAUCAAGUAGUAGCUGCCCCUGGGCCAGGGCAUUAUGACCCCCAGAAUGCUCAAGAUGGCAUAACUGGAGGAAAGACACUGGCCAAUAAGUCAAAGAGAUUCAUGGAGCAGAUUCCAGAGAACCCUGGUCCAGGGACAUACAGCACGGAGAGGUAUACAGACUUCAGGUCCAGCAAGUCUGCCCCCGGAAGUAUGCAGAAUAAAGGCAAUGCGGCUGGAAGUUUGCUGACAAGCAGAAUAAAGUUCCACAGAAAACCUGAGGCUCCCUCCAUUCCUAUGCCUGGCCAGGCCUAUGGAUACGAGGAGUGUGAGGAUGGUACCCUAAAAAAGCAGGACCCCCCAGACAAGGACAAGAGUAUCGGGCCAGCCUUCUAUAACCCUACUGUCGACCCUACAAAGGCCACAAAGACUUACCAAGGUGUGCACUUCAGUAAGUACUCCUCCAAACGUUUGGACCUCAGUAAAGGGCGGUUGGGUCCUGGCCCAGGGGAUUAUGAACCGUACACCAACCUACAAAACAGACCAGAAAACCUCAACGCUAUCGAGGAAUCGCAUAGGUUCGAGGCAAGGAUUCCAAGAUAUCAUGAGGCGAUCGCCAAAGACGAAGAAAGGAAGGCUAUACCUGGACCAGGAAAGUAUGAUGUAAAAGGUGGAUUUGAUCCGGAGCCCCCGAAAGUCAACACUGAGGGUAUAGAAGUGGAACACCCUCCCUUCAUGUCUCAGUCUAAGAGAUUUACCCCUAUGAAGAAGACCCUCCCUGCCCCGGGGACGUACAACGACCCCAGAAAUGCUUUCGACUCUAUGAAGAGAACCACAGGACUGAAGCGGUCUCCAUUUGGUCAGACGUCAGUGAGAUUUAACCCAGAACCACACGUCAAGAAAACGCCAGGACCCGGGGCCUAUAACUUGACUGGAAUGGGCUCUGACAGUAUGAGGAGAGCCUACAUCGAGAGCACGAGGAAAGGGGUAUUUGGCACCACGUCUGUCCGAAUUAAACCAAUCACAAAGAAAGAAGAAGUGGAAGUACCGGGUCCGGCUCACUACCAGAUCAAGGAGAAACCGUUCCAGAACCGGUACCAGAAUAUGACUGCUCAGUUCUCGUCCGUGACAUCUAGACUCAAGGACCCACCUACUGUAGUCAAGGAGAUGCCCCCACCUGGAUCCUAUGAAGUCGCCACGUCCUAUCAAAACUCCCAGCUCCAGGGAACAGAGAGGACCAAACCGAGGACCGAUGAGGCCAAAAGGAAACAUGGAUCUUUCCUCUCAGCAGCCUCUAGAUUUGCUCCUCCAAGAGACGUGAUCAACCAUAACAACGAUCCGGAUUUACCAGGCCCAGGAGCAUAUGACUCAAAGGAGGGACUUGCCAGGAAGGGAGGACUAAUGGUCACCAAGGACAAACGUUUUAAGGACCUCAAGUCAGAAGGACCUGGACCAGGAUCCUAUGAGUUCUCUCCCUUGGUACAGGAUACUGUUCUGAAGGGAACAUUUAAUGCCACCUUAAACAACCCCAUAGCUCCCCAGCUGGACAUGUCUCAACACAUGGGCACAUCUACAAAGCAUGCAUUCCUAUUGGGUGUGUGAACAAAAAAGUAUUAUAUUGAAGAAUAAAAUGGACCAAUCAGAGAGGUUGUAACAAAACACGGCUAUGAAAUACCUGAAAGAUGUUUUUAACCUGAAUUUAAAUGUGUAUAAGAGCUAAUUCAUACAUAUUUGAAAAUAUUUAUAAUUUUGUGAUAAUGUAUGUGAUGCUUUUUUUCCACUUUUAUUUUCGAUUUCAAUUUUUAAUAUUUAAAGGAAAAGUUUUAAACCGUCCACAUAUCAGAGCCUUUGCUUUGGUUUUAUUUUGUAUACAUGUAGCUAAUCUAUUUGUGUAUUAUAUGAUUCUUGUUCCUUUUAUAUGAUAACACUGUGAUAAACUUUGUAUACAUAUGAAGCAGUCAGUCUUUCUGUGUAUAUUGUAUGUUUUACAAUAAACAAAUUUUAAAAAAUCAUA